ACCAAACCAAGGGUAACUGUCAGUGCAUAACCCUUCGCCUAUCAACCACAAGCGGGUGACACUAACUUCAAAGUUGUUGCAUCUUGCGCAUUUAUCCAUGCACUCUUCACUGCUUGUCUUUCCUAUUCCUACUUUCCCAGUAUAGAAAUCAUCGCCUGUAAUCACCACCAUCCAUGGGCAACACAUCUUCAAUGCUCACUCAAUACGACAUCGAAGAAGUUCAGGAGCACUGUAGCCACACCUUUUCGCAGCAAGAGAUUGUUUCAUUGUACCAGAGGUUCUGCCAACUGGAUCGAAAUGGAGGGGGUUUUAUCUCCGCUGAGGAGUUCCUCUCAGUGCCUGAAUUCGCUGUCAAUCCUCUUUCUCAAAGAUUGUUGAGGAUGAUAGAUGGAUUAAAUUUUAAGGAAUUUGUGGCAUUCUUAUCUGCAUUCAGUCCCCGUGCAACUUUGCAGCAGAAAAUUGAAUUUAUUUUCAAGGUGUAUGAUUCUGAUGGCAAUGGGAAAGUUACGUUCAAUGACUUGUUGGAUGUGUUGCAUGAUUUGACUGGACAGUUCAUAUCGGAACAGCAGAGGAAGCAAGUGCUGAUCCAUGUCCUUGAGGAAGCAGGCUACACGAAGGAUUCUUCAUUAGUUUUGUCAGACUUUGUAAAGAUUCUUGGAAAUUCUGGUUUGAAGAUGGAAGUUGAAGUUCCUGUAGAUUAAUGCAAGGAGAAAAAUCAUUAGUGCUGCAAAUUCAAGCCAGAGUGCGGAUGGCAUUAGCAGAAUACUAUUUGCAUUGAAGCGUGGUCUUUACUGUGUACUUUGAAAAUCAAAGUCCAGUUGCUUUUAUAAGGUAUCUGAUUUUAAACUUUGUUUAAAACAUCUCUCAUUUCAUCGCAUUCUUUGGUUCCCCCCAAGUUGAUAAUGUUAUUGCUGAUGGAGAAUUUUGAUGAUUUUUAAAUUUUAAAUGAUAAAUAAUUUUUUCA